CGGCCGUUGGGCCCCGACUUUGUGUGCCUCUGGUAUGACGCUGGCGUUGAAAGGGAGUAAGUAUGUGAUGAUCCUGCGACUUCCAGGCAUCCGGGAUUUCCUGAGUGCAUCGUGACUUUUGAAUUGCCGGGAUGUAAGGAUUCAUACCAUGCUUGCGACUUGACCGCUGGUUUAUGCAACGAAGCCCGACUUCUAAGCUCGCGUCUGAUUUGUGCGCUCUUGCUAUCCCUCUUGCAACUUUGCGUAUUAUGUGGAGCGCCUCAAACUUUGUGCUUCGUAUGGCUUCCUUUCAUCCAAUAUUACCCCGAUCAGCUUCCGAACACAUUGACAUAGUAGUACUUUGCGAAGCGCUGAGAACAGUCCGAUACGCGGAUGCAUUCAAUGCGAAGGUCCGUGCGCGCCAGAUAGACAAUCGCUGUAAACCCGACUCCAGCCGCAAUGGAUGGCCAAUGGUGCCAGCGGGCGAGCAGCGUGGUGGCGCGUCGGUUCGCACGGGUGAAUCUGGCCUCGAUUCGAGGAAGAUCCACUUGGGCGGCACGCAUCUCAGCGAAACUUUGGUUAAUUAUGGCUGCCGAUCUUUGUUCCUGGACAUUUGCAUCCGUGGCACUCCGAUACGCGCAAGUCAGAUGAUCCCUUUGGCUGCGGCUGAGAGUUGGACGGGCGUCGCGCUUCUGCAUGCAGCGGGACGCUGCAAUGUGGCACGGCUUCGUGCUGGUUCUUGAUGUGGACAGCACGUACGGAGUGCGAAGGUCGCCAGGCGUACAUGGUAUCAGAAGCAUGUCAAAUACAAGCUUGGCGCUGGCACGUGCUACCAUAAUGCUGAGGUAUGUUUCCAAGAGAUAUGUGAAGGUAAUAAGUUACAGACCUGCUUAGAUGAGGCUAUAUAGUACAGCAGACAACAUUU